AGUCAUUCUCAAAAGAUGCAGCUUUUUCCCGUAUCAGGAUUAAAACCUCAAUAAAACCGUCAAAUUUUAUCAAUGUGAUAAAAAUCUGUUUUUUCCUUCAUUGCCAAUAUCUAAUCUUACUUGGGAAUUUUUUACUACAAAAAAUAGGACCAAAUAAUUAUUAUUUUGUAAUUUUUGUAACAAGAGACAUGCAUUUUUUCAUGUAUCUAGGUGAAAAAAACUAACAUCAUGUGUCUAUUGUUCCCUAAAUUUCAUUUAAUAACAUAUUUUUUCUGGAGUGGUUAAAAAGUAUAGCCCUUUUGCCCAUUCCUGGUAGAUGUUCAUGAUUUUCAAGCUGAAUUUUUAAUAUAAAAAUCAAACCUUUUCUCUUGUAUACAAGAAAAAUGUCUUUACUGUAACAGUUUCAUAAAAUUAUGAAAUAAUUAAUUAUCCCUCAUCCUGUGAAAGUGGAACUUCCUGUCAUGCUCUUUAACAACUUCUGGUUGAGAAUCAUCAACAUGUGGUGUUGACUCCAAGAGAAAACUUUCAAGGAAAAUCAAGUUGAAAAGGUAAGCAUUUGCGAGUAUUUUUCAUAGGUGUCUUUCAGAUAACAUCAAGAAACAAAAACCUACCCAGUUUUCAAAAAAUAUGUUUUUCUCUUUGCAUUUGAAACCAUAAUUAUAACACAAGUAUUUUGUCUGAAAUGGCAAAGGGACUAGUCAUUAUUUUUUUUCUUAAUUUACUUUUACAAUUUGUCUUUCACGUAACAGUCUUUUCUGUAACAGCUUUUUUGUUAUUGGAAAGACCAUCAGUGUUACUUCAAAGAAACAUCAGUAUUGAUUAGUCACAUUUUCUUUUUAUCUUAAUGUCAAUGUCAUUAACAGUUGAAUUUUGGGAAUGAGCUAAGGUUUAUAUUUGCUGAGGCUGAAACAGGAUUUACACUUCUUUGCCUGAAUGCAGUCAUUCUAAAUUUUGUCAACAGUCGUUAUUGGAAAGACAAAUUCUGUAACUGCAAAGACAAUUCAAUACAAAUUUGAAAAUAAGUUAUCUCUGGUAGGUCUUUGUUCAUCUAGAUUUGCUAUGUGUCAAUAUUAGGACCUUUAAGAUGAUAUUUUGGGUAACAAUGCGUAUUUCCCCUAACAAUUUGUAUGUUUCAUGUCUUUCAAAAUUAGCUGUUACUUAAAAGACUUAAGUUGUUACUGCAAAGACAGUUUAAUACUAAUGAUCUUUCAUUUAUGUCUUUCUUUCCUGAUUCAUUCAGAUGUGCAUUAAAUAUAUGAGAUAAGAUUACCUUACGCUCCACAAAGAAGUCUGUUCCUGAAACUUUGAAUGCAUUUAUGCGUUUUCAAAGACUGUUAUUUGAAAGACAGUGUGUGACUGUGACUAUAAUAAAUAUGACAGCUCGACGAUCAGUCCGCAAAAACAUCAAAGUGUUAUCAUCUAGUUACCUAUAUAAAGGUUAAUGUGUCAUAAUCUGAAACAAACAUUCAAUGAAACAUUCAUUUCUGUAUUUUUUUUUAGAACUGGCAAUAUGGGUAUGAGUAAUGCAGAAAGGCAGAGAAAAUUUCGAGCUAACAGGGACAGAGAUCUUGCACGAAGACAGGUUUAUUUGGAAGAAGAGAGGAAACGUUAUCAAAAGGACAAGGAAAAAGGAUUGCGAAAAUCAACAAAAGAACUCCCAGAGCGAGAGAGAAGACAGCUUAGGCGAAAAUGGAAGAAGCAGAAGAGACUACUGCGAGCUAAACAAAAAACAAUUAAGGAGAUAAUCACCCCACCAAUGUCACCGAUGUUACCAAUGAAUGUACAGGAAUCAAGACAGAGAAGGCAAAGCCAGAAGAAGAACAAUCGUGACAAGGCCCAGUGUUACAGAGACAACAAGGUUCUCAGGCUGGAACUGGAAAAAGCAACAAAGAGAGCUCUAAUGUACAAACAACGAUGGCAAAGUGACAGGAAUACAUGCCUUUGCAAACUUUGUGAAAAUACACAAUUCAUUGCCACCUCACUGAAGAAGUCGGAAGCAAUUCAAUACGAUGAUCUUCAUCUCAUUAUCAGAGACAUGGUCUGUGAUGAGACAUCACAUAGAUUUUUCAGAAAACUAUGUUUGUAAACUUGGAAGUGAAAUUCAAAGCAUGCACUUUGGCGCUUCUAAAAAGCAGCUUUCAUUGCACACAGGAGUGUACUUUUGCAAAAAUGAAAAUGGUCCACAGACCUUUUGCACAGUUUCAGAAAACCUUGACCACAGUCCUGGAUCUAUUUGGGCACAUCUCAAGCCUAUUUUGCGACAGGUUGAACAAAAUCAUCCAAAUGUUGACACUCUUCAUAUUUUCAGUGAUGGACCAACAACCCAGUAUAGACAAAAAGGAAAUUUCUUGCUUCUUUCCCAGAAACCAGCUCAAUUUGGAUUCACAUCUGCUGUUUGGAACUUUUUCGAAUCAGGCCACGGCAAAGGCACACCAGAUGCAGUUGGAGGUGCAAUCAAGAGAAAAGCAGACGCAAAGGUGAAAUAUGGAAUGGACAUACAAUCGGCAAAAGAUUUUGUUGAUGCAACCAAGGAAAGUGACAUACGUGUCGUGAUCAUACCUGAGGAGGAGAUUGUCCAGGGAUUGCAGGAAAUGACUCAAAUGAAUCCAAAACCAAUUAAAGGCACCCUAAAGCUCCACCAGGUAUGCUGGCUUGGCUCCCAUGAAGUUCUGUUCCAUAGGAACCACAGCUGCAUCUGCCAAGCACCCAAUGAGUGUUCUAAUCAUAAGCUCUCAAAACAUUUCACUCAGUCCAUUUCAGAAAAUACUCUUGAUCUCAAGCAGAGCAUCUUCGAUGAAUAUCUGGGGAAUCUUAAAAACUGUAAAAGUUUCACAGAACUUAAAGAAGAAUGCAAAGCAAUUGCAGGAACAAUGAAUGACAUUGAAAUACAGAGAAAUAUUACUCUGCCAUACAAAGAUCUCAAGGUUGACAUACCCUCUGUGAAGAUAUUGCCAGAUGACUUGGAUGAUGUGAGGGAGCUGUAUCCUUGCAGUGUAAAAGCAGAUGGAAAUUGCUUGCCCUCAGUUGGGAGCGUCUAUGCCUAUGGAACAAUUGACCGGACAUCUGAGAUGCGAGUACGUAUUGUAACAGAACUUGCCCUGAACGAAGAUCUUUAUCUUGACAGAAACUUCCUGCAAAACGGCAGAUGUCCAGCAAAUGCAAAGAAUUGGCCUAAAAUCUAUGCCCAAUACUCGGAUUUGUUCAUUCAUGGAACUCGGCUCACAGAUGACAUUGUCAGGGAUAUAUUAAGGCUUGAAAUUCUGAAGAUAAGCGUCAACUAUGCCUUUAUGGGUAUAUGGCAGAUUCAUGCCUUAGCAAGUGUGCUCAAAUGUCCACUUUACUCAGUAUAUCCAAAACUUGGAGCUCCAUGUGUUCGCAAAGAUCUUCAGCGUGUAAUCAUGCCAAGGCAAUUAGCAACAACAAAUACACUGCCUCUUUAUGUACUUUGGACAAGCACCAGAAAUGACAUGCCAAAUACUCAUUGGAUACCAAACCACUUUGUGGCAGUGCUGGCUAAGAACGAUGCUUAUUUUAGCAUGACCAGCAAAGUUCCAUUGGAGUCUACUUGCCCUGAAUCGUCAGAGCCCAGCACCAAAGCAGUGGAGCCCAGCACUGAAGAAGUAGAGCUUAGCACUGAGACAAUGAAGCCCAGGCCUGACACAGAUGAGCAUGGGAAUGCAACUGGAUUUGACUACUUAGACCAGCAUGUCAUUGUGUCUUAUGAUGAUAAGCCAUAUCCUGGUUUUUGUGGAAGAUGCAAAUGAAGAUGAGGUUUUUGUGUCAUGUAUGCAAAAGAUUGGUAGGGAAGGCAAUAGAUUUUCCUGGCCUAAAAAGCUGAUGGAUAAAUGCUGGUAUGAGCUGGAGAAAGUUCUUACUAAAAUUCCACCGCCUACUCCCAUUGAGAACUCAUCACACUUCAAGGUUAACCCUGCCAUUUGGACGAAAAUCACAGCCUGAAUGAAGUACCCUGUACCCUGUACUUUUGUUAGUUGCAAACCUGUUUGACAGUUUGUUAAAUACAUGUUAAAUUUUAAAAAAUGUUGUUAACUUCAUGUUAAAUGAGUUUCUGAGUUCUUAAAGAGCUAAUUUCAAAAUGGUAAUUGCUACUUUUAUAUUGUUGUGUAUUCAAAGCACAAUGUCAAUAGUAUAAACUGAAUCAGAAUGUAAAUCUUUGUGUUCCAUUUCAACUUGUUCUGAAAUGUCUUUCCAGUAACACUGACAUGUCUUUGAGGUAACAAGUAGGCUGAGUUCUUAAAUACAGAAUAUAUUUUGCACUUCAAGUAUGGUAAAAUAAUACUUGUAUAAAUUAAUUAAUGUAAACCUAUCUUAUCAUCAGUCACAUACAUCUGUGCUUGUCCUCACUCAAAUAUACUAAUGAAUUGUCUUCUCUGUAACACAUUUGGGUCUUUCCUGUAACAAACAUGUCAUUGUUACUCACCUUAUCUGGAGACAUAAAUAUAACAUGUAACACUUACUAUACUUCUAAGGGUAACAGGCAAAAAACUCAUCCUCUCAUUACAGAUAGAUCAAAGAUAUUUGUUACAAUUAAUUAUUUUUUCAAAUUUAAUUGAUACAUUGUCUUUCCAAUAACAUAGAGUGUCUUUGGGAUAACGAUACUGUCUUUCAUAUAACGGGACUAAAAAGUAAAUGUUUUAUGAUCUAAAGAGUAAGACAUUGUCAGAAAUCACUUGGAAAUAUUAUAAUGUUCUCUUCAAAUCAUCUUCAGUAUAAUAAUAUUUGAGGGGAGACCGUUGAAAGGAAUCAAGAGUAUUGGAAAGUACUAACAAAUUUCACUUUUUCAACUGACACAGUGUAGAACAGGUUUAUUUCAUAAAAAUACAAUUUUAGAACUGAUUUCAUAAGUGUGAGUAACAAAAUAACACGUGAGGAAGACUUUACAAUACAAUAUCUUUACAUAUCAAUGUAUAUUUAAGAAAAAUAUGGCUAUUACUGUUGUUACAGGAAAGACAUUGUGUCUUCGUCCUAAUUAGUUUAAUUACUCUUCAUUAAAAUAGUGGACAUAAUUAAGCCUCAAAUACUAUCGAUAAGUGAACCUGAACAUUGUAGCUUACAAUUUGUGAAAAU